AUUCAGAUCAGGGUAUGAAGAGUUUCUCCAGUUUUAAUUUUUGCAAUUCUAGCUCCCACAUAUGUAAAUAGCAAGAGAAAAUUAGUGUGCCACACAGUGGUUUUCCAAAUAAUAAUUUACUAACACAGUGCUUGUCACUGUAUCGGACGCAAAAUGGAGAUAUUCCUUGCCUAAAAGAACUUAAAAUCUAAUAACAAAAUUGAAGAAGAUAGAAUACAUAGGGGAAGUUGGAGGAAAACAUAAUGUAAAGGUUUUGGGGGUGAUUUUUUGUUUUUGUAUGGAUUAUUCCUUUUGGAUAUUGCAUAAAUGAAUUGGGUCAAGUGUGAAUGAGCAGGGGUAGCAAUGGCAGAAGUCUAUCUAGAGGUUACAUCACAGAAAAUGAGUUGUGAUCUGCUAGUUCCUAGCCCCACAAAGAGCCAUUACUGCUGUUCAGUACCCAUGUCCAAAAUUCCACUGACCAAUAAUUUGAACAGUUAAACUUCUGACAAGCUUCUCUCCAGCAAAACAGAAAAAUGUGUGAGGAGGAGGCAUUCAUCAAAGUUAACAAAUCUCUUUUUUAAUUAACAGUGACAUUAACACCAUCCAGGAAGGCAUCGGAGACAAGUUCUGUAUAUUUGUACAAUUCUUUGCUAUGUUUCUGACAGGGAUUGUUAUAGGAUUUGUCUACGGGUGGAAACUGACUUUGGUGAUUUUGUCAGUUAGCCCCCUCCUUGCUGCAGCAGCAGCAGUUGGAUCAAUCUUCCUGGCAUCAUUCACUACAAAAGAGCUGACUGCUUAUGCUAGAGCAGGAGCUGUGGCGGAAGAAAUUUUGACUGCUGUCAGAACAGUUGUUACUUUCAAUGGACAGAUGAAGGCAUUAGCAAACUGCUGCACAUUGAGCAAAUGUUUUUGGAGAAUUGUCCAUGAUGUCUACAAGAUCUUUCUUAAGUGGUAGCAGUUAAAUUGGACCCCAUCAUCUUUUAUGUAUAGUUGGGAUUGUUUUCCAAUGUGCAUUACUUUGCAUUUAUCAACAUUGAAUUUCAUCUGCCAUUUUAUUGCCCAGUCACCCAGUUUUGUAGCUUUUGCA